AUGAGGUUCUGGUCUCUGCUCGCCGUGGCAUGGCUGCCCGUCCUGCAGGUCCUCCUCGCCGGCGGCCUCGGAGCCUGCCUCGCGUCCAGCCGUUUCGACGUCCUCACCUCCGAUGCUCGGAGGCACAUAAACAAGGUUGUUUACAUCGUGUUCGUCCCGUCGCUCGUCUUCUCGAGCUUGGCAGGCACCGUCACGCUCAAGGACAUCAUUUCCUGGUGGUUCAUGCCAGUGAACAUGGGCAUCAUAUUCCUCAUCGGAGCGGCUCUCGGGUGGCUGGCCGUCAAGGCCCUGAAGCCAGGAGCACAUCUUCAGGGGCUUGUCAUUGCUUGCAGCUCAGCAGGUAACUGGGGAACUAUUCCGCUGAUGAUUGUUCCGGCGAUUUGCAACGAGGAAGACAGCCCCUUCGGUGAUGCCGACACCUGCAAAUCUCUCGGCCUCUCCUACGUCUCGCUCUCCAUGGCGCUAGGGAAUUUCUUUAUCUGGACUCAUAGCUACAGCGUCAUGAAGAGAUCUGCUCAGCUUUACAAGAAAUGUGGUGAUCCCACAACUAACAUGAGGAAAGAAGAAGACUCAGGAGAAGCCGAAAAUGGCAAUCAUGCGGCUUUUCUUCCCCUGUCGUCAGGGGAAUUUCAUGAGGAUGUAGAGAGCGACCCGGUACGUUCUAGCUUGCCUUCCAGUGAUGUUGCUGGCAGCUUCCUGCACUACUUAAGAAGAGCAAAGGAUUUGCUGGUAGAGAUACUGAAUGAACUGUGGUCACCUCCCAAUGUUGCAGCGCUCGUAGGGUUUACCGUCGGCGCAAUCGACAAGCUGAGACCGCUCAUUACGGAGGAAGAUGGCCCUCUCCGAGUAGUCCAAGACACCGCCAAGUUACUAGCAGAUGCUGCGAUACCAUGCACCGUCCUCAUACUCGGUGGAAACCUCACAAAAGGCAGAGGCAGGACGACGAUGAAGCCCCUGGUGGUCGUAUCAAUCAUCGUGAUACGCUUCGUCAUCCUCCCCGCGUGCGGAAUCGGCGUGGUGAAGGCCGCCAGCGAGCUCGGGUUCCUGCCAAGAUCGCCCCUGUACCGCUACGUUCUCCUUCUACAGUCCACGGUUCCCCCGGCCAUGAGCAUCGGGACGAUAGCCCAGCUGUUUGAUGUUGGGGAAGAGGAGUGCUCCAUCGUCUUUCUCUGGACGCACCUGGUUGCAGCCCUGGCGCUCACCCUCUGGUCGACGGUGUUCAUGUCACUCGUGUCCUGA